ACAAAGUAGUGAUCUCGUUUUUUACUAAAAAAUAUUUCAAAUAACAAAUAAUAUACAUAUAACAAAUACCCAUUUGGUAUAUAAAAUUCAACAAAAAAUUUGCAUAUCAUAAAGUUUAUUUAAAAAAAAAGAACUAAUUUGAAAUGGCACUUAAGUAUUUGAUUUUCGCUUCGGCUUUGUGCCUUACCAUGGCUUCACCAAUCGGCCACUACUAUGAGGAACAGCAUGCUGGCUAUGAGGAAGUAGGUGGUCAUGAUCUGGAAGGCCUUCAUCAAAUCGAUCGCGUCUCUUUGGGCGAAGAACACCAUGGAUAUGAACAUGAAGAAGAGCAUGUUGACUAUUACGCUCCACCAAAAUACGCUUUUAAAUAUGGCGUAAAUGACUUCCACACUGGAGAUGUAAAAUCACAGCAUGAAUCGCGCGAUGGGGACUCCGUCAAAGGACAAUACUCGUUGGUUGAACCCGAUGGCUCUAUUCGUACUGUGGACUAUUCAGCGGAUAAACAUAACGGCUUCAAUGCCGUUGUGCACAAAACUUCUCCUGUACACCACGAAGAACACCACGAAGGACACUACUAAAGGAACUGACAAAACCGAAUAAUUGUAAUUGAGGCCAAGCAAAACAUUAACAGCAGAAAUGUAGUAGUUAGUUGUAACUUCAAACUGAAUUAGCUAAAUUAUAAAAUAAGAACAGUAAAUACAUAGAAACACGGAAAACACAAUGGGAUUACUUUACAGACGCAGUUAGAUUUUCAUUACUCAAAUAUGCAUACUUCAUCCGCCAUCUUGGGAGGGAAAUAACAUGACUUUAUACUAUUUUAAAUACCUUCGAUUUAAUAUUAAUUUUUCUAGUAUGAAUUGUGGUGAGAGUUUUUUACUUAUAGAGUUUCCUUUGGUUUUUACUAUUUUAAUUGAGUUUGAUGCACUGUGAUAACGUUAAUAUUCUCAUAACUCGUUCGAGUGUUCAUUACUAUAACUAUUGCCAUUAGCACCACAACCAGUAACACCAACACCACUUUAACUCAUAUGUAUGUAAUAUUAAUUUACUGAAAUAUUAAAAUGUCAUUAGUCACUACUUCUAACUACUUACUUUAAACUAUCUGCAAACUCAUGAAUUUACCCACUUUAACUCGAACCGGGCAUUGAGCCUUGUACGUACGCGCAUUAAGGACUUGAAAGACUUGUCGAAUGGAUUAUAAAUUUUAAUUGUAUUCUCAUAUUUUACAUUUUUAAUAAUAGCUGUGUUCAAACACUACAUCACUGAAGACUUAUUACAUGUAAUUUUAUUUCCUUCGCAUUACUAAUGAACUCAUAAUCGUUGCUUGUUUUCAAAUACCCGAAAAUAAAUUAUUAUCUUUAAUUUAAAUUUAUUGAAAAGAAAAAAUCUGAUAGAAUUAUAAAUAGUAUGCCUUAAAAUGUAUUAUC